CUCCGCCCGUCCUCACCCCAUCCUUAUGUAUCAUCAUAUGAAGGCGCUGCUGCAGUGAGUGCGUUCACAUUUCUAUGGACCGGCCGCAGCCAGCACACAUAAACAGACAGACAGACAGAGAGGCACAUACACACACACAGUUAGACAUGAAUGAACGAGGCACAAGAACAGAGUAGCAUGUCGAUGGAUGGAUCGAUCACUCACUCAACCAUUCACGCAUCCACUCAUCCACUAACUAGCCAAAACCCAACGACGCGGUCCCGCCCCCGCCCCCUGGCUGCAGAUCCAUCACUGUGGCCCUCUCACCUACGAUGCUCUUCCUCAAUUGCUCAAGUGCAGACGCAAUGCCCUCGUCAGGCCCGCCCGUCUUAGGCCUGCCGGCAUCCUUGUCAGGGCCUCGACCGCCAUCCUGGCCCCAGCCUGCCCACCACUGCUGCACACUGCUGACGAUUGACUUGCCGGCAGCGGCGAGCGCCUCAGUGGCCGACAGGGGUGCGGUGGCGACGCUCUGCCGAUGCAAGUCCACCACUUUGGGGUGGCUGGCAGACGGGCGGCUGACGCCCUGGCGGCACGCGGCCGCAUAGGGAAGGAACCUGCAGACAGACAGCCAGACAGGCAGAAUGAGAGAUGCUGUCGAUACACUUGGUGUGCAUGUUCAUGGUGGUGAGGAGUACAUUUCUGUUGCGGCCCAGUUGUGGAGGUUCUGCUCGGUCUGUCGCUUCGACGCGUCGGUGAGCGGCUUGUCCAUCGUGGACGCCUCAACGCGGCCCAACUGAUGGAUGGAUGGGAUGACACACAACCACAACCGCCACCAGCACCUUGAGUCUGGCCACACGAUGGACGCUGCAGUGUCUGAGCCUAACCUCGCUUUGGAGCAGCUCGUAGUUUUCGAGAAGCAGCUGGAAUAUCUCUGCGGCGGUCUCCUCCGACAGCUCGCGGGCCAGCACCUCUUCUGCCACCUCAACCAUGCUCUGACAGCACACCGCAGACAAGUGACAGACACAGUACAGUGGGAUGACUUGACUGACUGACUGACUGGCAGCCGUCCCUCCCUCCCUCCCUCCCUCCCUCCCCCGCUCCCCCUGCCCUGCCCUCCCACUCACGCACGUCAUUGAGGCUCCUCAUAUCAUCGAAGUCGCGCAAAGUGAACUCCAGCCUGUCGCCCCUCCUCGACACCCGCCCCCCCUUCACCACACGCAGCGGCGGGCUCAGCAGCGGCACGCUCCUCAUGUCGUGCUUCGGCCGGUAAGAGUCGAGGAUCUCCGUGACGUGCCGUCGGAUGGGCUCCCACGCCACCUCCACCCCAUUUCCGCCCCAGGAGCACCGGACGUUGUGUCCUACAAUCACUGACUUAGUCUCUGCCACCGCCAGCCGACCCAAUAUCUCUUCGUUGACGUGCUUGAGUGCGCGCAGCUUCGGCAGAGGGAGAGCCUCAGAGCCAGGCGGCCGGUAGCGUGAAGGAGGCAUCAUCGGCUAGGGCAGUGCUGGGUGGUAGGGAGGGCUGGGAUGGGUAGAUGUGGCUUGGAGGGGCAUCAAGCACUUGGAGGGGCUCCCAUCAGCGUCGACAGCAGGAGAGAUUCGCCCAG